CCCAGAACCAAGGAGCCCAGCAGCAAUGCCUCUGUUGAAGCUUACAGCUGAAGAAAAACAAAUUGAUGAAGCAAUGCGUAGCUUUGCUGAAAAAGUGUUUGCCUCUGAAGUCAAAGAUGAGGGAGGACGCCAUGAAAUUUCCCCAUUCGACGUGGAUGAGAUCUGCCCCAUUUCUCACCAUGAGAUGCAAGCCCACAUAUUCCACCUGGAGUCUCUGUCCACCGACGCCCAAGGCCGCAGAAAAAGGCACUUCCACGGGCGCAAGACUGUGAAUUUAUCCGUUCCACAAAGUGAAACCGCUUCGGCCCAGAUGUUCCACAUCCACGAAUACAUCUCGUCCUCCCCCACCUACCAGACGGUGCCCGACUUCCAGCGGGUCCAGAUCACCGGGGACUACGCCUCUGGGGUUACAGUUGAAGAUUUUGAAAUGGUUUGCAAGGGUCUAUACCGGGCAUUGUGUAUUCGAGAGAAAUAUAUGCAGAAAUCUUUUCAGAGGUUCCCCAAAACCCCUUCCAAGUAUUUGCGGAACAUUGAGGGUGAGGCUUGGGUAGCAAAUGAGAACUUCUAUCCAGCCUUUACCCCGCCAGUGAAGAAGGGAGAAAACCCCUUCCGAACAGAUGACCUUCCUGAAAACCUGGGUUAUCAUCUGCAAAUGAAGGAUGGUGUGGUUUAUAUCUACCCUAGUGAAGCAGCAGCCGGCAAAGAUGAACCGAAGCCUCUCCCUUACCCAAAUCUGGACACCUUCUUGGAUGAUAUGAACUUUUUACUUGCUUUAAUUGCCCAAGGACCUGUUAAGACCUAUACCCACCGGCGCCUGAAGUUCCUCUCCUCCAAGUUCCAGGUUCACGAGAUGCUCAACGAAAUGGACGAAUUAAAGGAGCUGAAGAACAACCCCCACCGAGACUUUUAUAACUGCAGAAAGGUGGACACCCACAUCCAUGCCGCCGCUUGCAUGAACCAGAAACACCUGCUGCGCUUUAUUAAGAAAUCAUACCAAGUUGAUGCCGACAGAGUGGUCUACAGCACGAAGGACAAAAACCUGACCCUGAAGGAACUUUUUGCCAAAUUAAAAAUGCACCCAUACGACCUGACUGUGGAUUCCCUGGAUGUUCACGCUGGACGCCAGACCUUCCAGCGUUUUGAUAAAUUCAAUGACAAAUACAAUCCUGUGGGAGCCAGCGAGCUGCGGGACCUGUACCUGAAGACAGACAACUACAUUAAUGGGGAGUACUUUGCCACCAUUAUCAAGGAGGUAGGUGCGGACCUGGAGGAGGCCAAGUACCAGCACGCGGAGCCCCGUCUGUCCAUCUACGGCCGGAGCCCCGACGAGUGGAGCAAGCUGUCCGCCUGGUUCGUCAGCAACCGCAUCCACUGCCCCAACAUGACGUGGAUGAUCCAAGUGCCGAGGAUCUAUGAUGUGUUCCGAGCUAAGAAUUUCCUUCCACACUUCGGACAGAUGCUGGAGAAUAUUUUUAUGCCCGUGUUUGAGGCUACCGUCAACCCCCAGGCUCACCCAGACCUCAGCGUCUUCCUCAAGCAUAUCACUGGCUUCGACAGUGUAGACGACGAGUCCAAACAUAGUGGUCACAUGUUCUCGUCCAAGAGCCCGAAGCCCCAGGAGUGGACCAUGGAGAAAAACCCGUCUUACACGUACUAUGCCUACUACAUGUACACGAACAUCACGGUGCUCAACAGUCUGAGGAAGGAGCGCGGCAUGAACACGUUCCUGUUCCGACCCCACUGUGGGGAAGCGGGGGCACUCACCCACCUCAUGACAGCCUUCAUGACGGCUGAUAACAUCUCUCAUGGCCUCAAUUUAAAAAAGAGUCCUGUGCUGCAGUACCUGUUUUUCUUAGCCCAGAUUCCCAUCGCUAUGUCACCGUUAAGCAACAACAGCCUAUUUCUAGAAUAUGCCAAAAAUCCUUUUUUGGAUUUCCUGCAGAAAGGGCUAAUGAUCUCACUAUCUACAGAUGACCCGAUGCAAUUCCAUUUCACCAAGGAGCCACUAAUGGAAGAAUACGCCAUUGCUGCACAAGUCUUCAAGCUGAGCACCUGUGAUAUGUGUGAAGUGGCAAGGAACAGCGUGCUGCAGUGUGGAAUCUCUCAUGAGGAGAAAGCAAAGUUCCUGGGCAGCAAUUACCUCGAGGAAGGCCCUGUUGGAAAUGAUAUCCGGAGGACAAAUGUAGCCCAAAUCCGCAUGGCCUAUCGCUAUGAAACCUGGUGUUAUGAGCUUAAUCUAAUUGCUGAGGGUCUUAAAUCAACAGAUUAAAAUAAACCAA